AUGGCCUUUCCUUCACACAACUCGGACAGCGCUUUUCCGCAGCCCCAGUCUCCCAAUACUUUCAACUCUCCCACUUCUCCAGCCUCGUCCACAUUCGCCGACGAAAGCGAUCUCCUCGUGCAAGACGAGCAUGUUGGUGAGCUUCAUCUCGUCCCCUGCGAACUUGAUGUGUACUUGGAUUUGCCGAACAAAGCAGAAGAUCGUUACGAACUUGUUGAAGGAAUUUUGUUUCAUCGCCCCAACAUGACCGAUGCUCAACACACGAUCAUGAAGGGAUUCAUCAUGGCUAAGUUCCUUACCGCCGAGCUGACCGGUAACAAUCGUGUGAAUAUCUACACUGCGCCCAAAGUUAAGGUCUGUUCCGGGAAGAGUCAGUCGCCGAGCGUCCGAAUUCCGGAUGUUGUUGUGGGUCCGUACGCUUCCGCUCAAAGCGCCGGUAACGCAUCUCCCCGGUCACAGAAAAUCAUAUUUCACGAAGACAACAUACCACGCAUGGUAAUAGAAAUCACAACCCCGAACAACAGACUGACUGACAUGGACGCCAAGUCUAAGGAGUACUGCCGCACUGGGAUUGAGACAUAUGUUAUGUUAGAUCGUGAGACGGAUCGCGUGAUAGUAAGAAAGCUAAUCCGAAACACGCGUUCUCGUCUUGACUACGACUCAGAGGUUGUAUACACAGGGGAUACGCUUGUGGACUGCUUUUUGUUCCGUGAACGCAACCUAACUGCAGAAAAGAUAUUUAGACCGCAGCAGACGGCACCAGAGGCCGCCCAGUCACCGAUCCGGAGAGAACGGCGUGCAAGGGAAGCAGCGCAAGCAAUUGCUGCAUCAGAACGGCUUGCAGCGGAAGCAGCGGAAGCAGCGGAAGCAGCGGAAGCAGCGGAAGUGGCUACUGCAUCAGAACGGCGUGCAGCGGAAGCAGCGGAAGCAGCGGAAGUGGCUGCUGCAUCAGAACGGCGUGCAGCGGAAGCCGCGGAAGCGGCUGCUGCAUCAGAACAGCGUGCAGAGGAAGCAGAACGGCGUGCAAUCGCAGCGGAAGCAGCGGAAGCGGCUGCUGCAUCAGAACGGCGUGCAGAGGAAGCAGAACAGCGUGCAAUGGAAGAAGCGCAAGCAACUGCUGCAUCAGAACGGCGUGCAAAGGAAGUAGAACGGCGUGCAAAGGAAGCAGCCCAAGCAAAGGCAGAAGCAGCCCAAGCAAAGGCAGAAGCAGCCCAAGCAAAGGCAGAAGCAGCCCAAGCAGAGGCAGAAGCAGCCCAAGCGAGGGCAGAAGCAGCACAAGCAAAGGCAAAAGCAGCACAAGCGAGAGUAGAUGAGCUCGAAAGGCAGUUGGAGGAAUUCAAAGGCGGCUCUACCGCGAAAGGUGGAACGCAUACGAAUUCCGUGGGGAAGCACAGAUGAAAGUCAAAGGCGGCUCUACCGCGAAAGGUGAAAGGCAUACAAAUUCCGUGAAGAACGUCGAUAAAGGAUAGUAGGAUAGUCUAGGGUGCCCCAGAAAUGUCACAACUCGAGCAAACACUUCAUGUA